CGCCGUGAGGCCAAAACAGCAAGCAGAUCAGGAAACUACAGCAUGGUAGCCGCGUAAUUAAGCUAAACAACUAUGACAAGUAUCAUUCGCGCUCUUCUUGUGCCGUGCUCUCCGUUUCCCCGGCGGCGAAGUUGAUCCACCGCCUAAUUUACGCCUCUCUCCGGCGGUGAAGUUAACGCUUGCGAGCUCUCACCUCUUCCUCCAGAAACACGCAACUCCACUCCGAGCUUAGAUCUGAGGACAAGCAAAGGACUUGGGGAUGGGGAACGUUAGCGGGAAGGUAGACCUCGAGAAUAGCGGCGACGACUUCACAGCGAGAUCUUACAGCUAUCCGAGUCACGGUAGCAGCAGCGCACGGCGUUCUCACUCGGUGGAACAGAUGGGCGGAACCCCGCCGGAGAGCCCCGGUCGGUCCCGAUCGCCUCUCAUGUUUGCCCCACAGGCUCCUGUAGCUCCCUUGCAGAGGCCUUCUGAUAUCCCUCCAGUUCACAGUCAAUACUGGAUGAAUGAUCCCUACAUUGCUUCAGAUACUCCCCGUGAAAAGGAAAUUCCAGUUUUAAUAACGUGGAACCAUGGUGGAAACAGUGUUUUAGUGGAAGGUUCAUGGGAUAACUGGUCUUCUAGGAAAACUCUCCAGAGGACAGGCAAGGAUCAUUCAAUUUUGAUAGUACUCCCAUCUGGAGUCUACCAAUAUAGAUUCAUUGUAGAUGGUCGCAGGCGACAUGUUCCCGAGCUUCCUUUUGUUCCGAACGAUAUGAACAAUUUCAAUAAUGUCAUCGAUGUCGAUGACUAUGUUCCUGACGAUCUUCAGAGCGUCUCCGAAUUUGAGCCCCCUCCUUCGCCAGACUCCAGCUAUAGCCGACCAUUUCCUACUGAUGAGGACUUCGCAAAGGAACCACCAGCUGUACCCCCUCACCUCCAUCUUACCGUUCUCGAAACUCACAAACCUGACGAAACCUUCAUCAAGCCCCGACACGUCGUUCUGAACCACCUUUUCAUCGAAAAAGGUUGGGCUUCUCAGUCUUUAAUCCCCCUCGGCUACACCCACAGGUUUCAAUCCAAAUACGUCACCGUCGUCCUCUACAAAUCCUCAAAUAGAUGAUACCAACAUCCUAAACCGGAAACCACAUAUAUUUUGCUACAAAGCAAACUGAUUCUGGACCUCAAUUGAAUAUUUCUCAUCACCCAUCUUCUGCUGCUUUUAACAAAUCCAAUUUGAAGCAGAUUUUGUGAGCUUGUGGUUCCCACACUAUCCUAAGUGAAGGCGGCAGAAGGAUCACCAGAGAUAAUUCAAGUUAGCUCUUACACUAUUUUCUAUUCUACUUCCUUUGUUUUCUGCCAUUUUGAACUUAUUUGGUUACCUUGAAAAUUAUAAUCCAAUACUCCAAUAUGGUAACCAAUGCAUGUUUUAUAAUUAUCAAUUUUUGACAUUAUUUGGUUUGAAAUGUGUUAUUUUUCAGUCUUGCAAAGCCUGGUUUUGCAGCUUUUUAGUGGUGUUUCAGCUCAAUGUGAGCUCGGUGUCAUUAUUGUUCUUUCAAUAUGGCACUCUGCUUGUUAGGGUUUGUGGCUUCAAUUUGAUUGGAUUUGGUGUAACUUAUGAGAAAAUUUUGGGGAGAUAUGUUUUGGCAGCACAGUGAUUGGGCUGAUAAUAAUAUGUACAGUUGGAGUUUUGUGUU